UCGAUUCAAAGAGCAGAAAGAAGAGUUACAAAACCGAUUAAAAGAGGUUGGGAAUAAGUUAACUAACUCCACCCGCGAAAUUACUAAAUUACAAAUUAAAUUAAAAGCAGUUGAAAGUUCGCUUGCUGAUUGCCAAACGUCCCUCAAAACUAAAAGCAAGGGGUUGGUACAAAGUCAGGCCGAAUUAGAAAAUUUGAAAAAACGUUAUCAAAAAGAACUUAAUUCCGCCCAAGAAAACCAAGCUUGA